UAAUGUUAACAUUAUUUAAAAAAGAUGUCUCUGCCCGUUUUGAUCAAUGUGGCUAAAUUUUAUUUGCGUUUAGUUUAUUGGUAAAAUAAUUCAAAGAAUGAAUACUGACCAAUACACGCGAACUACUCAAAGAAAAAGCCAUUAUAAAGAACUAUUAAACAAAGUGGAAACCAUUGAGGAAAGUAAUGAUGUGGGUUUAGCAGCUGUAAAUGAAGUUGGAGAGAUUCUAAAAGAAGCCAACAUUUUGGAUAAUGAAAUUGCAAUUGAAGAGAGGGUUGGAAAUGCAGAUGAAACUGUUUUAGAUUGUUUAGUUCUUUCCUCUGCAAGUGGAAUUUUAAAAAGAUGUAUUGAGGCAGUUGAUGUUUUUACUUCCACUUAUGAUGGAAGGGACUUUGCAGACAAAAUAUUGCAUCAAAUAUGUGAUCAAGAGAGAGAAAAUAUUGACCCUACAGUUACUUUAAAAUUGCUUGAUGAAUCUAGAAAAACCAUACCCAACCUACCAGAGUAUAAAACUGCAUAUGGAUCAUAUGAUUUAAAUGCAUCACCACCAGUUCCUAAACAAAGAAAAGAGAAUUCGAGAGUAAUAAAAGAGAAGUUGCAAAAGAAGGAGCCUGAAAAAAUUAAUAAUUUAAAUAAAGAAGAAAGUAUUGAAAAGAUAGUUAAGGUUUUGUUUGAUGUACUGGCUGAGGCUUAUAUUGCAAAUCAAGAAGUACCUAUAAGCUAUUAUGAUUACAUAAUUGACACUAGUAGCUACCCAAACACUAUCGAAAACAUAUUUUAUUUUGCAUUUUUAGUACGAGAUGGAAAAGUUAAAUUAGAUUUAGAUAAGAGUGGCAGUCCAGUGAUCCAGCCAAUAAAAAAGAAGGACUUAAAAGCAUUUCGUGAUGAAGGGGGGAAAAACUCACAAAUAAUUUCAUCUAUAAACAUGAAUGUGUGGAAGAAAUUCAAAAAAGAUGGACUAAUCCAGAGACACAAAACAAAUGAUUAAAUUACAAUUGUGUUAUGAGUUCAGUAAAAUAUGCUUUUUCAAAGUU